CAGGGGGGGCUCGCUUCUACAAAACUGUGUUCCCGGCGCUGCCGGGUCACUCCUCUCCCUCCGUCGACACACGCCGACCGCCUCUGCUGCUCGCUGCACAUGCACAUCUACCACCCCACCGGGCAGCCAAUCGAAACACAUGCAUUUCAUGAAGUUUUGGUUCCUCGCCCUGGUCCUGGUUCUGCUGGGCGUCGUCGCCCAUGCACAGUGGGACUUCACAGAACACUCUGAAUACAGAGGUUGUUGUAGUGGGGUUUAUUGCGGACGGAGAUGCAAUUGUGUGGACGCGGCGGUGUGCAAGGAGAAAGGCUUUACCUUUAGUGAAAACGUACAGAAAUUUUGUCACGGCCCUCACGAGUGUAUCAAACCGACCGUGUCAAAAUUGCCGUCCAUACAUCGGAUGCCGUGGAACGGACCUAUGGGACCCAAGGGACCUAAGGGAUCCAAGGGACCCAUGAUACCCAAGAUACCCAAGCAGGGACCCAAGGGACCCAUGAUACCCAAGCAGGGACCCAAGGGACGUAAUUUAUUCUACUGGACUCAUGAGGGGCACUAGACGGUUGUUUAACAAAUGCAUCCUGAUAAAAAUACAAAAUAAAUGAAAACAAGUU